UUCCCCGCGGCUUCCGGCGGCGCGCGCGGCAGCCAUGGCGUACCGCGGGCAGGGCCAGAAGGUGCAGAAGGUGAUGGUGCAGCCCAUCAACCUGAUCUUCCGAUACCUGCAGAACAGGUCCAGGAUCCAGGUGUGGCUCUAUGAGCAGGUGAACAUGCGGAUAGAAGGCUGCAUCAUUGGCUUUGAUGAGUAUAUGAACCUGGUGCUGGACGACGCAGAGGAGAUUCACUCCAAGACAAAGUCCAGGAAGCAACUGGGUCGGAUCAUGUUGAAAGGGGACAAUAUCACCCUCCUGCAGAGUGUUUCUAACUAGGAUUGGUUGCUUUUCAGUCAAGCAGUGGUUCUGGGGCUCCAGAGGGGAUGAAAUGCUGGUGGGAGCAGGACUGGCUGGUAGGCAGAAGGUUGUGUGGGACUGGGACCACAAGCAGAGCUGAAAACUGUCUCUUUCUGCAAGUCGUGUUUGUUGUUGUUUUUUGUAGUCAGAAACAAAUGAGAAUGUUUGGUGCAAAUAAACGUUUUUUCACUGUAAA